GGAACCUUGAGUCCCUAUAAAUUAACAGGAGUCUAGGGUUUGUCUGUCACCGGCGACGUCUUUCGCUAGGGUUUGCGCCCAAGAUUGAUCGGUUGCUCAUCUAUUCAGGGAUUUUGAUCGCGCCAUAAGAUGCCUCCUCGAUCGGCGAAGAAGGCGUCGGGUGGGUCGGCGGGGCUGAGGAAGACGGCGUCCAGGACGGCCAAGGGGACGCCCAAGGCCCAGAUCCAGCCCGAGGUGGCGGAAGAGCCCCCUAAGGUGGAAGUGGUCACGGCUCCUGUCGACGACGUGAAGAAGGAAAUCAAGGUCGAGGGGGUCGUCGUGGAGAAGGCUGUUGCCGGGAAGCCUGUCGUGUUAGAUUCUGAUGAAGAUGAUGUGAAGGAGGUUUAUAUGGAAGAAGAUAAAGGUGAGAGGUUAGAGUUGGAGGACAAUGAGCCAGAGGAUGAUCCUGAAGAUGAUACUGCUGUAGAUUAUGGUGAGAAAGAUAUGGAGAAUGAAGUACAAGAAGAUUAUGUUGAUGAAGGCGAGGAGGGUGAAGAGGAUGACAUGGCUGAAGAAGAAGAAGAAGCAGACAUGGUUGAUGAGGAGAUUGAAGAUGGUGGAGAAGAGUUAGAGGGUGAAGAGGAUGAUGAAAAUGCUGAGGAAGGCCAUGAGAUUGAUGCCGAGGAAGAAGAGCACCAUGAGGUAGUUAAGGAGCAUAAAAAGCGUAAGGAGUUUGAAAUUUUUGUUGGUGGUCUAGAUAAAGAUGCUACUGAAGAUGACCUCAAGAAAGUUUUUACUAAAGUGGGUGUGAUUACUGAAAUUCGUCUGAUGAUGAAUCCAAUUACAAAGAAGAACAAAGGAUUUGCAUUCUUGCGUUUUGCAACUGUGGAGCAGGCAAGACGUGCUGUUUCAGAGCUCAAAAGCCCUGUGGUGCGUGGUAAGCAGUGUGGUGUUGCUCCUAGUCAAGAUAGUGACACUCUCUUUGUGGGUAAUAUUUGCAAGUCAUGGACAAAGGAACAUUUCAAGGAGAAACUAAAGAGCUAUGGAGUUGAGAACAUGGAAGACAUGACCUUGAUUGAGGAUACGAGUAACGCAGGAAUGAAUCGUGGUUUUGCCUUUCUGGAGUUCUCAUCACGUGCCGAAGCAAUGGAUGCUUACAGGCGCCUGCAGAAGAGAGAUGUAGUUUUCGGAGUUGAUAGAACUGCCAAGGUUGCAUUUGCAGAUUCUUUCAUUGAGCCAGACGAUGAAAUCAUGGCACAGGUUAGAACUGUUUUUAUUGAUGGCUUGCCUGCUGCAUGGGAUGAGGACCGUGUAAAGGAUUAUCUUAAGAAAUAUGGUGUAGUUGAGAAAGUUGAGCUUGCUCGUAAUAUGCCGGCUGCCAAGAGGAAAGAUUUUGGAUUUGUUACUUUUGAUACCCAUGAUAAUGCUGUUUCAUGUGCUGAAGGCAUUAACAAUGCUGAGCUAGGGGAAGGCGAUAACAAGGUCAAAGUUAGGGCUAGAUUGUCAAGGCCGCAUCAAAGAGGCAGAGUGAAACGUGGGCUUCGUGGAAAUUUUAUGAUUGGCCGCAGACCUGCUUAUGGUGGCCGUGUGCCUUAUGGUCGUCCUCCACCUCAUAGAUUUCCAAGUCGUGCCCCUAGACCAGUUGUUCCACGUGGUGUACCAGUUGGUGGUCGUGGUGUGAAGAGACCUCUUGGAUAUAGAGACAGACAUCCUGUAAUGGCAGCAGCAGAGAGAGGGCGUUUGCCUCCCCCAGAGAGGUCCUACGAGAGAAGGCCACCUGCACCAAUUGCUUCAUACCCAAAAAUCAGUGCUAGGAGGGACUAUGGUAGGCGUGAUGAGCUGCCUCCUCCUAGAAGCAGAGCUGCUGUUGAAUAUGGAUCUAGAGUUCCUGGAGAGAGACAUCCAUCUUACAAAGUUGAUUACUCCUUCCGAGGGUCUGCUUAUUCUGAUAUUCCUCCACGAAAUGCUACUCGCCCUGGUGAUAGACGUGCUUACAUUGAUGAUGGUUAUGAUAGAAAACUUGAACGGCCUGUCCCUUCUUAUCGAGAGGGGCGCAGCCGAGAUUAUGAUUCAAUUCCUGGACCAAAACGCCCUUACUCAGACUUGGAUGAUUCUCGUUAUGCGGAUGUAAAUAUACGUCAGACAAGGGCUCGCUUGGAUUAUGUUAGUGGAAGUGGUGCGCAAUAUGGAGAUGCUUAUAGUGACAGGUUUAGCCGAUCUCAUGUGGGAUAUAGUAGUAGUCGUACUUCCCUUUCUGGUCAUGAUAGCUUGUAUGGGAGCCGUCAGGGAAUGUAUGGUGGAGGUUCAGGCAGUGGCAAUGAUGGUGGUCGGAUGUACUCAUCAAGCCUUAACAGUAGUUAUCUGUCACGUGGAUCUGAUGUUGGUGGUGGCUCUUCCUAUUCAUCCACAUCCCUUUAUUCUGGUCGUGGUUUGAGUGGCAGUGGAUAUGUUGGCAGUGGUGGGUCUAGUUCAUACUACUAAGACUGUCACAGUUCUCCUUGAUUUUGCUAGCAAUGAUUUAACAUCAAAGAAGGCUGGUGUAGGCUGUUGAUUAUAGGAAGCUUCUCAAUGUGAUGCCUACACACUUGGAAAGAGGGAUUAAUGCCAAGCAUGCUAAGCUUGUUUUUAUGUGAGAGAGCAUCUUGAACUUGAGUUAAGAAGCAGAGGGCAGGAAGGUGUGGUCAGAACAGUUGUUUGCAUUUGGACCGUUAGCUAAUGUUAUUCAGUGUAUGAGAAAUUUUACCUACUGUGGAUCAGAAUCAGGGACAUCAAGAAAUUUCAUGAAGCUUGUUCUUGUCUGCUGCUAUUAAGACAUAUUAUUGGAUCAACAGAGGUCUUUGCAGUUAAGUUUUCAUUGAGAAACAUUUUGUAGAUGAGAUGUUCUUGGAUAGAUUAGUUUAUCGUGACAUCUGGAUUUAAGGCUUAAGCUUAAGCAGCUUCAAGUAUGUUAUGCACAUGUAUUGUUACAAAGGGAGCCAUGUCACUUGAACUACUAUCAAGGAUUUGAUAAAAAACUAAAAUGGAAAAAGGUUCUCUUUUGGACUUAUGUCGUACUAAACAUUCCAUUUACGUGCUAAUAUAACUUGUUGGAUACGCUUCUUAUC